AUCUAACUAACCGUUUAAGUGAAGAAGGCAGAGGCAUUUAUUAGUCACAAUAAAGUGAGUCAGGAAAUGUCACGAUUCAUACUAACAUUCUUAUCAGAUAAAUAUUGGAGGGCGUAACAACAAGUGCAUCUACUCUACAUUCAACAGCCAGUUAACCGUCAUAUCCCAUCUUAGAAGAAAAAUACGUUCGCUUUUUCUUUGAUAUUGCAUUGCACAAUUGACUAUCUUUAACUUAACAUAAUUCUUCCAGAUUUGUUUAGAAUGUCUUCCGAAGAUCCAGCCUUCACAAACACUACAGUGGACGACAAAUUUGUUGAGUUCAUGAAGUUCAUCAAGAAGUUUGAUGUUGAAUAUAAAAACAUGGAAGAAUUUCAAAUACGAUACAACCUUUUUUUGGAGAGCUUGAAGAAAAUUGAUGAACUAAACAAUGCACCAAACCAGACUGCUACUUUUGGAGUAACCCAUUUUGCUGACAGAACGGAACAUGAGAAGAAACGGGUCUGUGGACUUCGAAAGAAACCUUCAACUGAAUGAAACAAAAUGAGGAGCAUAUAAUGUCUAUUCACAAAAUGAUUUAUAUUUUAUCAACAGAAUAUUGUUGUUUAGCCAAAAUAUAUAUCCACUCCUUAAUCAAUAUCAAUGUAUGUAAAGUAUGUCAUAUUUUUUUAUAAAUAUAUACCUAUUUAACUAUUA